AUGAAUAAUAAUAAUAAUAAUUUUAAUCUUAAGAGUGAAACAGAAAAUGGGAUUGUUAAAAGUUGGGUUACUGAUAAAGAUAAACAAAAUAGUUUCAUUAAUAGAAGAAGAAAAAAAGAAAGAAAUAGGAAUUAUGAAUUAAAAAAUAAUACUAUAGAAAAUGAAAAUUAUUCAAAAAAUUUAAAAUUAUUUUGUAAAUUAAAAAAAAAAUAUUUGCAUAUUAAAAAAAAGAAUAAAAUCUUAUUUGAAACUAAAAAAGAAAAAAAGAAAAAAAAAAACCCUUCUCAUAAAACUUUUUUUGAUUUAAUAUCAGAAUCUAUAAUAAAUAUAAUUAAUUGUAUGAACAGACAAUAUAUUCAAAUAAAAAAUUUUUGUAUAAAUUCUAUACCCAAUUUAAAAAUUAAGCGCCUCUUAUAUUUCUUAAUAAUUUAUAUAUUAAUUAAUAUAGCAUUAUUUAUUUUUUCUAUAUUUCUAUAUUUAUUUUUAUAUUAUUACGUAAUACCACAAAACAAAUACAUAUAUCCAAUUGAUUUUUCUUUAGUUAAAAACCCAAUUGAAGAUUAUUUAAAAAACAAAAAGAAUAAUAAGAUAUAUUUUAUGAACAAGUCAGAAUUUCAUAGCAUGAACGAAAGAGAAGAAUUUUAUGUGAAACAUUUAAAUUCAAUUAAAAAUGAAAUUUUAGACAAUAUAAAAAAUAAUCAUAUUUGUUGUUGCCCUAAAAACUUUCUUGAAAAUAGUAAUUUUCCUCUUUUAAAUAAAAAUAUAAGUUAUUUAAAUAAUGAGAAAUUAUAUGUUUUUGAUAAUAAAAUAGAAAACGAAAAUUUACAAAAUAAUAUAUUAACAGGAUAUAUAGAUUUUCAAAAUAAUCCAAGUAAUGAUUCAUAUUAUAAUGAACAAUUUUUUUAUAAAUUUUUUUUACCUUUUUUUAAAAAAAAAAAAAAUAUUCUUAAAAUUAAAAAAGGUUAUAAAAUUGAUAUUUUUCUGAAUUUUACUUAUAUAAAUAAUGAUUAUAACGAUAAAUUAGAUUCCUUUCAGGUGGUAACUGAAAUUUUUAAUAACAGUAAUAAUAUUAUUUUAAGAAAAGAAAAGUUAUAUAUUAAUAAUGAAAAUUAUGAAUUUAUAAAAAAAUUACAUUUACUUUUUAACACACCAUUUUAUUUUUUUAAUGUUAAUAAUAAUAAAACUAAAGAAAUACUUUUGGUAAAUAAUUAUGAAUAUGUAACAGAUUUCAGUAAAGUUCAUAUAUAUAUACAUCCACCAAUUCAAAUAUAUAGAGCAUAUGUGGUUAUAUUAAUAUAUGUUAAUUUCAUUUAUUAUUAUAUAUAUAAAUACCCAUUUUUAUUUUUUUAUAUUUUUGUUUUUAUUUUGUCAUCAUUCUUAAUUUUUCUCAAUACUAUUUUUUUCUUUUUUGUUAUGCUCUAUUACUUUUUUAUUAAACGAUUAAAUUAA